UGAAUCAGAGAUGGCACUGGCCAAUUUGGUCCUCCCUGUGCUGCCCUCAUCAUGUUUCAUGGAGGACGGGGAGUUCCCUCGUCUGCUCAGACCCUCACGGUGCCCCUUUCCAAAUGAACAGGUGAUCAGAGACUUAGUUUGUUGCCAGGGGCCACAGGAUUGGCCACUAUUAAACAAACCGGCCCACUAAUUAAGGGCCAGAUGGGUUUAGUUUGGCAUCUACACUCUCUUUGUAACUCACAACCUCUCACACACGCAUAAACGCAUGUAUGUGUCCCAAGCACAGGCACGUCCACAUAAACGGACACACAUGGGGCUUAGUCAGGCAACUGGACUGCUGUGUUGCACCACAUGAGAAGGUGUGUGAGAGAGAGAAGGCUGUGUGCAUGCAUAAAGCCAGGAAAGAGAGAUCGAGCGAGAGAACUUGCAUGUACCCUCUCUCCCUCAGUCCGUGCCACCCCAGGGUGGGAAUGCUAAGACAGACAGGCAGUUUAUUUUUGGGUCAGUGACAGUGUUUCAAUGGCUGCAGAUGCAUCGCAAAGGAAGGCUCUGAGAUACCAGCAGACCGUGCUGUAUGGAGAGUACAGGGAGCACCCUGGUGGGUCCCAGCGGAGAGAGGCCACUCGCCUCCUGAUGGAGAGACAGAGGAAAAAACACGGACAUCACCACCAUCACAGUCACCAUGGGCGCAGUCACAGCCGAAGUCGCCAACACAGCCACCACCCUCUGGAGCUGGACAUAGGCAGCAUUCAUGACAGACAGGAGGAGGAGCAGGGCCACACAUCCUCGUUCAAGAAACGCAGAUCCUACUCCAAGUGCAGAGACUGUGUGGCUCGAGUACAGAAGUUCCUCAUCUCUAAAUUGGGAGAAGACUGGAUUUUUCUGGUGUUGUUGGGUAUUACAAUGGCAUUAGUUAGCUGGACCAUGGAUUACGCUAGUGCCAAGAGUCUGCAAGCAUAUAAGUGGUUUUAUGGGGAGUUGAGGGGAAAUAUCCCACUGCAAUACCUGAUCUGGGUCUUCUAUCCCAUGGUGCUCAUCCUGUUUGCCUCCCUCUUCUGCCACCUGGUUGCUCCUCAGGCCAUCGGAUCUGGUAUUCCGGAGCUGAAAACCAUACUCAGAGGUGUUGUGCUGAAGGAGUAUUUGACACUCAAGGCAUUUAUUGCAAAGGUGGUGGGGCUCACUGCUGGUCUGGGCAGCGGUAUGCCGGUUGGCAAAGAGGGUCCCUUUGUUCACAUAGCCAGUAUCUGUGCAGCUGUGCUCAGCAAGUUUAUGUCUUUCUUCUCUGGAGUCUAUCAGAGCCCAUAUUGUUAUACAGACAUCCUCACAGUGGGCUGUGCUGUGGGGGUUGGAUGCUGUUUUGGAACCCCUCUUGGAGGUGUUUUGUUCAGCAUUGAAGUGACAUCAACCUAUUUUGCUGUGAGAAACUACUGGAGGGGUUACUUUGCUGCCACAUUCAGUGCUUUUAUUUUCAGAGUGCUGUCUGUGUUUAAUAAGGAUGCAGUCACCAUCACUGCUCUCUUCCGCACCAACUUCCGUAUGGAUUUUCCUUUCGACCUGCAGGAGCUCCCGGCGUUCGCCAUUAUUGGCAUUUCUUGUGGGUUCCUGGGAGCUUUCUUCGUUUACCUGAACCGCCAAGUUGUCCUGUUCAUGAGAAGACCUAACAUUCUCACACGAUUCCUUACAAAACACCGGCUGAUUUUCCCUGCUGUUGUGACAUUAGUCAUUACGACACUGACAUUCCCUCCAGGCUUUGGGCAGUUCAUGGCUGGAGAGCUGAUGCCCAGGGAGUGCAUCAACUCUCUGUUUGAUAACUUCACCUGGACUAAAAUAUGGGGUUCGUCCCUCCCUCCUGGUCUCGGUCGCUCCGCUGUGUGGUUUCACCCUGAUGUCAGCAUCUUUGUCAUUCUUAUUCUCUUCUUAAUCAUGAAGUUCUGGAUGUCUGCAGUUUCCACCACGAUGCCCAUUCCGUCUGGAGCUUUCAUGCCUGUCUUUGUAUUGGGUGCCGCAUUCGGUCGAUUAGUGGGUGAGAUCAUGGCUACUCUCUUUCCUCACGGUAUCCUGUUUGAUGGAAUACUGUACCGCAUCAUCCCUGGAGGGUACGCUGUCAUUGGUGCGGCGGCGCUGACAGGGGCCGUCACUCAUACUGUUUCCACGGCGGUGAUCUGCUUCGAGCUGACAGGUCAGAUCUCUCACAUCCUUCCCAUGAUGGUCGCCGUCAUCCUGGCCAACAUGGUAGCUCAGGGUCUGCAGCCAUCGCUGUACGACUCCAUCAUCCAGGUCAAGAAGCUGCCCUAUCUCCCCGAGCUGGGCUUCGGCCACAUAAGCCAAUACAACAUCUUCGUGGAGGACAUCAUGGUGAGGAAAGUGAAGUUUUUAUCUUCCCACUCUACAUACAGAGAAGGACUGCAUUUGCUGGACUCGACCUCUUUAAAAACCUUCCCGCUGGUCGACUCAAAAGAAUCUAUGAUUCUAUUGGGCAGCAUUGAGAGGUCUGAGCUUCUCGCCCUCUGUGAUUGGUGGCUGUCAGCAGAGAGGCGGAUCCUAACACAAGGACAGAGCUCACAAGGUCCAGUGCCUUGUGCAAAAAUCAGCUGGGAAUCCUUGGCCUUUGUUGAUGAGGAGGAAGAGGAGAAUGAAGAUGAUAAGACAAUACCAGUUCAAGAGGAAAGAAAUGGUCCUGUGCCUCCUUCCAAACCUUCUGAACCAUCCACCAAUCACACGUCUCCCGAUAAGGGUCCUUCCCAGUCUUUCGGGAGAAUUUUACGUAACUUCUUUUCAUCCUCUUCAGAACGACACACAGAAGGUCAGCCACAGGAGCCUUAUCCUCCACCUUUAACUGACACAAUGACACCAGAACAGAUCAAAUCCUGGGAGGAGACAGAGAUGGACAAACCUCUAGAAAUCGAUCAGAUCAGAAUAGACCCCUCCCCCUUCCAGCUGGUGGAGAGAACGUCACUACAUAAGACUCAUACCCUGUUCUCUCUGCUGGGUCUCAGUCAUGCCUAUGUAACCAAUACUGGAAAACUAGUGGGAGUCGUGGCACUGAAAGAGCUCCAAAAAGCCAUUGAGGGCUCCACGCGCAGUGGCGUGCGCUUGCGCCCCCCUCUGGCCAGUUUCCGUGACACAGUUCGUAAAGCUUCGAAGCCACCUCCGUCCUCCUCCCCUCCAUCCUCACCGGGCUCAAACACAGCUCCUUUCUCACCUUUGUCUGUACCCGUGGUCCCUCACGCACAUUCCCCCAGCCCAGCGGCCCCAGUGAAGGAAGAGAAGGAAGAGAUGGAAGUGUGGAUUGAGGGCGUGAAGCGGGAAGUGAUUGUAGAGAACAGCAGUAGCUCGACAACAGAAAGCAGUAGCAGCAGCGGCAGCAGUAGUGGGACAGGAAGUAGUGACAGUGAGAAAGGAAGUCCUGAUAGCAGCCCAAACCUGCCGCCCUCUUCUCCACCACCCCCCGUCCCUCUCUCAACCUUGCAGCCCAUCCCAGAGAACAAGGAAGGUGAAGAAAAUGAGGAAGAGGAGCCCCUAUAGAACAAGUAAAGUUUUUUUUUUUUCUUUUUGAAGUGUGAUCAGUGUACUUUUUUCACAUUUAUUUUUAUAUAACAAUGUCGUUUUUUUUAUUCAUGUGUUCAUUUCAAAGGUUUAAAAAGAGUCACUGUUUAUUUGUUCUCCUAUCUCUUCUGCUUCCUUUUCCCCUAUUCUCUUCCUUACCACCACCACCCCUUUUUUUUUACAUUUCUGUAAAUAAUUUUAUUUUCUUUUUUCCUCUUCUUCUUUCUCCUACUUAAGGAAAAGAAAAUGUACUGAUUUUUUUAGAGGAAGAAGAAGAAAAAUAAGAAGAGAAAGAGUUAUCUUCUUAUUUCUGCUCUUCUUCUUCCUCUAGAAUUUUCUGUUAAUUUUCUUGUCCUCUUUCGUCUUUUUCUUCUUGGUUUUUUUUCUUCCUCUUGUUUUCUACUUACACUUCACCUGUUUAUUUCUCUUUCCACUAAAAAUAUCUGUAAAUAAAUGUUUUCUCUUCCACUACCACUUGCUCUUCCUCUUCCUCCUUUUUUCCUUUUCUUAUAAAAAAGUUCUGUAAAUAAAUAUAAACUGCCCCAGUAAAAAUAUGUAUCAUGUAUCAUGAGACUUACUAUUGAGAUUAUGAUCAAAAAGGGGCUAGAUUUUUUUUGUUUUUUUUUCUCCCCAAUAACACAUCAAAUAUAUUUUUCAGUGUGUUCCAUUGACGUUCAGUAAUGUAAUGUAACACUGACCCUGUGGCUGCACUUCUUUUCAGUGGGAUUAAAAAAAAUAAAAUAAAAAAAUAAUGAUUAUAUAAAAAAUUAUUUUAUUGGAGCACCAAAACAUGAACACUAUCUUUAGUGACAUACUGUAAAUGUUGCUGAUAAUUUUGAACCAGGUUUACGUGUCAUACAUUAUUUCUCAAAAAAGCACUUGUCUUCAUGCACCUAAAUCAUUUCAUAUGAAUACUUUAUUAAAGGGCGUGGACCCUUUUAUGUUAUAAAAUGUCAAAAAUCGAUAUUUACACUGCAUUGUGAAGUAGUUGUCAAAAAUAACUUAAAAACAAAACAUGGCCAGCAGGUGGCACAUUGUGGACCUUUCAAGAAUCUGAGCUUUCUUUUCACCUGGAACAUAUUUUCCUCCUGCCCUUUUCCAGUUAUACAUUUUUAAGCAAUUUAAAAUUCAGGAUGUGCACACUGUCCUUUCUUAAUUAAAUUCUUCAUGUCCUGCCAUCAUCUAUCCAUUUUUUUUUCUGAAAACUCUCUCUCAGGUGUCUCUCAUGUCUUUAAACCGAGGACUCUGCUGUUUAUGAACAAUCUAUGGUUCAUGUGAUCUGCUGUCUUCUUUUAAAUGUUAUUUAAAAAGUUAUUUAAUGUGAUUUUAUAUCUGUUCAGUCUGUGAGUAAUAACUUUAUUGGCUUCCAUUUUUGUUUGUUUUUGUCAUAUUUCUUAAUUAAUUUAUUCAAUCAAUCAUCUCUUUCCUUUUUGGUGUGAUAUCAACAGAAAAUGUACUUUACUGAUGGUUUUGUGAAUUGUUUCGAAUAACGGGAAGGAGAUUUAUUUAUCUAAAAGCAUUCAAUCUUGAUCAUAUCUUCCAGGAUUUAAUAACAAUUCAAUAAACAGUGCUAAAUUUGAAUAAAAAAAAAACUUUUAUGGCACAUACUUUCUUAGAUUAGUCAGAUGUGGAAUGAUA